CUUCCUUCUCCAGCAAUGGAUUUGGAAGCCCUCAGGAAGUACUCGGCCCUGCACCCCAAGCCUGCCGGGCUCACCCUUCAGUAUGGCACCGCUGGGUUCCGCUCCAGGGCCGAGCAGCUGGAUCACAUCGUGUUCCGCAUGGGCCUCCUGGCCAUCCUCAGGUCCAAAGCCGUGACAGCGACCAUUGGCGUCAUGGUUACAGCGUCUCACAACCCUGAGGAAGACAAUGGUGUAAAGCUGGUUGAUCCUCUUGGAGAAAUGCUGCACCCUUCCUGGGAAGAAUAUGCCACACAGUUAGCAAAUGCAGAGGAGCAAGAAUUACAGAAAGUGAUAACUGAGAUCUGCCAAAAGGCAGCAGUGAACUUGCACAAAGAUGCCUCGGUUUUUAUUGGUAGAGACACCAGGCCAAGCAGCGAGAAGCUGUCCCAGUCAGUUAUAGAUGGUAUUCAGGUUCUAGGUGGCCAGUACCACGAUUAUGGUCUGGUGACAACACCACAGCUCCAUUACAUGGUCUGCUGUCAAAACACUCAAGGGCAGUAUGGGAAAGCAACGCUGGAAGGUUAUUAUGAAAAACUGUCCAAAGCUUUUAUGGAACUGAUAAAACAGUCUCACUGCUCUGGAGAGAGUCAGAGGCACCUGAAGAUUGACUGUGCCAAUGGAAUAGGAGCCCUGAAACUAUCAGAAAUGAAGCCCUACUUUCCACAAGAGGUGCUAAUUCACAUAUAUAAUGACGGAACCAAGGAGAAACUCAAUCACUUAUGUGGUGCAGAUUUUGUGAAAGUUCACCAGAAACCACCUGGAGGGCUGGACAUGAAGCCCAAUGAGAGAUGCUGCUCAUUUGAUGGUGAUGCAGAUAGAAUUGUUUAUUAUUAUAAGGACACAUCUGGCCAUUUUCACCUGAUUGAUGGAGAUAAAAUAGCAACUUUAAUUAGUAUCUUCCUAAAAGAACUUCUUGCCAAGGUGAAACAGAACUUCACAUUGGCAGUGGUCCAAACAGCGUAUGCCAAUGGGAAUUCGACACGCUACCUCCAGGAAACACUGAAGGUACCUGUGCACUGUGUCAAAACAGGAGUGAAACACUUGCACCACAAGGCCCAGGAGUUUGAUGUGGGUGUUUAUUUUGAGGCAAAUGGACAUGGCACAGUACUGUUUAGUAAAGCUGCUGAAACUAAAAUACGACAACUGGUAAAAGAGGAGAAAGAUGAUGAAAAAAGAGAAGCAGCAAAGAUGCUUGAAAACAUGAUUGACCUGAUUAAUCAGACUGUUGGCGACGCUGUCUCAGACAUGCUGGUUAUUGAAGCAAUCCUGGCUCUGAAGGGUCUGACUGUGCAGCAGUGGGAUGCCCUCUACACUGACCUUCCCAAUCGGCUGCUCAAGGUCCAGGUCGCAGACAGGCGCGUUAUUGACACAACGGAUGCAGAACGGCGAGCGCUGACACCCCCAGGGCUACAGGAGAAAAUUGAUGCCCUUGUAAAGAAGUACAAACUGUCCCGGGCAUUUGUCCGUCCAUCAGGAACAGAGGAUGUUGUCAGAAUCUAUGCUGAAGCAGACACACAGGAGAAUGCAGAUGCACUAGCCCAUGAAGUGAGCCUGGCUGUUUUCCACCUCGCUGGUGGAAAAGGAGCACCACCCCAGCCUAUAUAA